AAUGAGUCACACCUGCGCAUAUCACUUUGUCAAAGGUAUACUUCCGGUGUUAUUUGAACUAUGUGAGAAAGUAGGAAGCAACUUUAAAAUGGCAAAAACAACACUUGUGUGUCUUUUUGUUUUCAUCUCAUUAUACCAGUCAUGCUCUGCCAUCAUGUGUCACAGAUGUGUGAGUGCUAUGGGGGGCUGUGGAGAUGAUCUUGAUUGGAGAAUGUUUCCAUGGAGAGAUUGUGGAGAUUCAGAGUUCUGUGUCAAAAUCAUCAAAAAAGUUGGAAGCGAGCACAACAUAGUCCGGGACUGUGAGAGUAGUCUCAUGAGGUCCACGCGUCAUCGACUCCUGAUGCCAAACUUACGUCGCCAUGGCUACUGCUUACCAGCCAGAAAGAACGAUGCCUACAAACCCAUGGACACAGAAGACGAGAAGGUCAUGUACUGCUUCUGCAACGACUGGAAUGGUUGUAAUUCUGCCUCCAAGAUUUCCUCCAAAGUCACCAUCAUUUCAAUAGUAUCGGCCAUCAUCUCAUAUUCUGUACUGAGAUUUAUUUAAAUUUUAAUUUGUGAUGUGUAAAGAGUCAAUAAAACCAUUAUAUGUAUUUGGAACCUAAAUAAGAUUUAAUUUCCUUCCAAGAAUAAUGCAGCAAAGUGAAAAACCCUGUAUAAUAUUUUUUAAAAAGCUGCAAGAAAUACAUAUCAGAUUUGAUAAGUGCCAUAUCACACUUGAAUUUGUUGUUAGAAAUUGACUUUUGUCCGAGUGUGGUACAAAAUAUGACUUUACAUUCUCCUGUUGUUAAUAUCUAUUAAUUUUUAAUAUUGUGAGUAUUCACAUUUGUAUGACUCAAGAAUAUUUUAUAGAUAAAUUUUGUAUAUAUCUGGUUUUAAUACAUUCUGCACAUGUAUAUAUAUCAUUUUGUAUGCAUCAUAAUUAGCAUUGACUUGUAUCUUUGUGAUUUUUUAUAAACAUGUACUCUUCAUCUCAUCAUGUGAAUAACAUUCCAUUGUAAAAUAUACAUAUACUAAACAUUAUGUACCUGAAUGUGAUAUGUUCAAUUUUCUUUUAACUUUUAUCAAUUUUGUAAAAUUCUUUUUUCUCCACUAAUACAUAUCAGAUAAGAUAUUAUGUGUAGAUAACUCUUCCCUUGACUGGAUUUAGACUAAAUUAACAUAUCAAAGGUGCACCUUGUGGUGUAUUUAUAGUUUUUUGAUACCCCAUGCUUCUAAAUUAUAAGUUUUUCCUAAUUUGGCAUCUUUGAAGAGAAUCAGCUUUUAGAAUGGAAAGAUUGAGUGAAUGUUGAUUCAGGUUGUAUUCCGGACAUUGAAGUAGUUUUUGUAUUUAUGCUUAGUGAUCGACCAGGUUGUGAGGUUUUAAUUUUAUCCAAAACAAGUACAUUCCACGGUUCAUUUUAUGAAGAAAAAAUUGUAUAUGAACUUGAAGAAAAAAGGAUUCAUAUCAGGAAGUUGUAUUUUUUGCUUUAUUUCUACAAUUUUUAUAAUGAUGUGUACUUGUAUGACUGAUCUAUUAUACAAAAAUCUUUAUUCAGGAAAUAAAGAUAGAAAACUAUAA